CUUCUCCCAAUUAAAGAACUCAAGAAGAACAGCGCCCCUCUAGAGAAGAAGAAGAAGAAGAAGAAGAAGAGGAAAGAGCGAGGACACCGAUGAAGGCUCUGGUGACGCUAACCCCGGAAACAGCAUCGUCGAGGAUCCGGCCGGCGGUCUCCGCUGCUCGAGACCGCUCGGAGAGACGCGGCAGCGACAGCAGCUACUUCCCCGGCUGCCGCAAGGACACCAACUGCCACUGCGACAUCUGUCUCGCCAGCAUCGACGCCACCCGCGACCUCAUCCCUUCCGGAGGCUCAAUCCUGACGUCCGUCACGAAGCUCUCCGUCUCCAGGCCAACGCCGUCACCGUUCGUUGCCGGGAGCCCUCCGACGUCGCCGGAGACAGGAUCCACUGUUACCCCUCCUUCGACGCCGGUUAUCGAGUCUUGGACAAGAUCUAGGCCGGCAGCGAAGGCGGUCGCCAAGAAGGAGGAAUCUUGGGGCCUCGGCUGCCGGGCGGUCAGGAUUCUUGUUGGCUUGUUCUUGCUGUGGGCGGCCGACAUGGGUUUAUCAGCAGUAAUUAUGAAAGAUUUCGGCUCUAAGCUCACGCCGGAGGUGGUGUCUCGGGCUGGGGAGGAAUGCCGAGUACUCAGAAAUGAUUUGAAGGGGACAUUGCAGCUUUUGCAGCAGAGGAUGGAGAAAUUGGUAGGAGGAAGGGCUUCUAAUUGCAGUUCUGUUGAUUCUUUCUGGGAAAUGAAUCCGGGUGGCAAUUUCUUCUUCCAAUGGAGAUGUGUGGUGUACAAAUCAAUAGCAGAGGAAGUGAAUGUUUGGGGAAGCCCACUACGGACCGCAGGUCUGCUUUCAGCUGGAGCUUCUCCUCGAUCACUGACGCUUUUAUCGGGCAACAUAAUUGAGUGGUCCGAUGGGAAGCUGGCAUCCACCACAAGAACAAGCUGCAACAGCUCAUGGAUUUAUGAGAAGUGGAGGUCAUCGGCAGUACGUCUGGAUGCAAACACCUGGGUCUUGGAGUACCAGAGGAAUCCUUUGCUUCAGAGGCCAAGAUUGAUUCCAAUAGCAUGGGAGGUGCUGAGGGCGACAAUCGUGAAGAACACGAAGCAGCUCUGGAAGCAGUCAUUCUGGCGACCAGAGGAACAGUUGACGCCCCCAACCUAAGAAAAUCCCGGUUUGAUGCCAACAUAUCUUUGUUUGUUCUUAUACUUGUCUCAUCUGUAGUAUUGUCAUCUUGAUUCUGGAUUUGUUAGCAUGUCGCGCUGACAAUAGCCUGAAGCUUCAAAAUGUAUGAGUAUGAGAAAGAACGUAUUCAUUUAUAACCCAUGGAAAUCACCAAAUUCAACGAGUGGCAACUCA